AAUCCAGUGAUCCCACUGUCUUCGAUCAUCUGGGGCAGAAAGUCACUCCACCCUCUCUCGUCGUUGUUGCUCUCGACACUUCCAUCUUUCCACCGACCGACGACUUGCUUUCUCAAUCCAACAAUCUCACCUCGCCAACAACACGAAACGACAGCUUAACUUUGCUUGCGCGCGCGUCUUAUCUUCACCUUCUUCGGUCAACAUUAUCGUCGAUACCUUCUUGAUCGCAGUUCAUUGACUGUUCAUCAACACACACAGCUUGUUUCCAAACAUGUCAACCGCCAUGGAAACGUCACCUACACACUCUCCGCCGCCUCUUACGGUCCCGCGGCCAAAGGGUAUUCUCAAGAACUCUUACCGUGGCUCUCCGCCCGCGGGCCCAAUUUCCCCCCUCGACACCCACCACCACGACGCGAGUCACCCCCCGCCACUGAUCCACAUGCCCUCCUCCGCCAAGGAGGCCAAGGAGAUCACCAUCAUGAACACUCAGAUCAACGCCGGUCCCCGCCGCGCAUCAUCGGUCGCCGGAUCGCGGCCCGGUCUCAGCGGUUCCCGCCGCUCGACAACGCCCAGCCAUCACGGCGACGAAGACUCCGCGGAACAAGGCCAGCGCCUCAAAUGGGACGAGGCGAACCUCUACCUCACCGAGCAGGAGCGCUCCAGCACCAUGAAGAUCGACGAGCCCAAGACGCCGUACGCUAAGCACUAUGAUCCCGCCGAGGACCCCUCGGACGACGACGAGGAAGCCCCAGAAGCCAUCGACCAUAACAAGAUCGACAUGGAUCGCGUGGACGGCCUGUCGCCUCUCCCUAAGCAGAACAAGCGCAGGCAUGGCAACAUUGACGACGAGAUCCCCGGCCUGUCGCUCGGCGAGCCUGAGGAGGCGGUGCCCGAGGGUGGCUUCCCCUUUGGAAAGGGUGCUACUGCCCAUUCAGAGGAUGGCGGUUCGCCUAAGCGCCCCAGAGCUGUGCACGUUGAUAGCAACGGCAGCGGCCAUGAUCCCGAUGAUGAACUUGAUGGCCUCAGCGCCGAAGAGAGGGAGAAGCAUCGCAAGUUUGAGGAGAUGCGCAAGAAGCACUACGAGAUGAGGAGCGUGGCUUCGCUACUUGGUCACCCGGAGAAUCUGGAAGAUGAGGACGAUGAUGAGGAUGAGGAGACCCCUGAGGUGCCGCCUCUUCCGACAAUGCCCAAUGGAUCGUCGUAGGAAGGAGACCCAGAGGGCGUCGAUCGCAGUUACGUGUCGCGUAUCGGGACCUUCAAGCUUUAGCCUUAGCCGUCACGCCUGUUGAUGGUCUGACGGUUACGGUGAUCCGAGUCCUAGCAACAAAGAAGAUGGAUAUGGAGGCCAGGAGGUUGCGGUGGCGUGCAUUGCUAAGAUUGCGAUACUGGAGGACGACUGCGAUACAGCUACCGGUGCGCCCGGGUAAGAGAAGGACGCGAUGGACGUUUACUUUCGUGUCUGGGACGGUUUAUGUAUGUGGUUGAUGACUGGGCGGUCCCUAUUUUAUCUCCCUACGGCUUGCUCUUAUUGAAGGGAAAGGGUUGGUGAUGGUAUACCUUAUAUCAGUCGGCGCGCGGCCGAUCUGAUUGGCGUCUGCAUUUCGAAUUUUGAUAGCGAAGCAUCAAUGUGUUUCUUUUUUGUUCUCUUCUUACGAACCCUAUGGAUUAUGAAGGUUUUCAUGUAUUACAGGCCCCC